AUGCAGCAACACACUGGUAUUUGCGCUUCAACUGAAACAGAACAACAAUCAACUGAAACCAAUCAUGAUGUAGCUCAGUCGACUAUAGAUCCUGAUGAUUCAGACAGUUCUGUUGAACAGUCCAAUGAAUCAUCGUCAUCCUCUCAGUCCAAACAGUCAGAUGAUGAUAUAUUUGACAACACACUAUACGACGACCAAAGGCUGGAUAGAGUCGAAAAAAUAAUGAAGAAUAUGGGUAUGGAAAUUCCAACUGAUGUUGGAGACGGAUAUCCGCACAAAAUGAACGCCAAGACAAAGGAAAGAAUACUAGAAGUUAAACGAAGAGGGUAUGGGCGUAGAAUGAGCUCAUCUGAUAAAAAGAAAUUCAGGAAACUGAGACUAGGAAGAUUAUGGGUGUGUCGCAAGUUGGCUCUUGAACCUCUCAAAGAAGAAUCAAUCAGAGUUGUAUCUGAACCUACUCCAGAAUUAAAAUCCAUCUUGAAACCCGGAUCCACUUUUAAACUCCACGGCUCAAAACACGAUCAUUCUAAAAAACAUCAGCAAAAGUCAAGUCACGAUGCUGGUUCAAGGGAAGCUAAAGUACACUUUGUACCAACGACUAAAAUUGCUAGAUAUUCAAGUGAAUCUAGUGUACUGCAAGAAUAUGAUAUUCAACUUCCUUCAUUACGUUCAAAGUUUAAUAGAUUCAAACGACAGAUGCUGAGGUUCAUUGGAUAUAGAAGGCAUACUUGA